AUGCUGGGUCGCCUUAUCCUCUCUCUCAUUCCCCUCGUGGGAGCAGCGUUCUCACAACAAAGUGGUGCAUGGACUGAUCCAGCCACUGGCAUUCCAUUCCAAUCCUACGUCGAUCCCGUUCACGGCAUCCGCCUUAGCACCGCGUUCCCUUCGGCCGCUUCCCCUACUGAAUUUGUUGGAGAAAUCGUUGCUCCGAUUUCCUCGAAAUGGGUUGGUUGGUCUCUUGGUGGAGGCAUGAACAGCAAUCUGCUCUUGGUUGCGUGGCCAAAUGGCAAUUCAAUCGUGGCUUCAACUCGUAUGUCUACAGGUUAUACUAUGCCCACUGUCAUCUCCGGCUUUACGCUCACUACCAUUACUGCUGGAUCGGGUGUCAAUGCUACUCACUGGAAAUGGCUCUUCCGUGCCAGGGAUGCACAUCGUGGACUUGGUAUGUGGGGACACAACACCGCCGAUGCGCACUACAGCAACUACGAUGAUUUCCUGGAUGGGAGUGUUACGCCACCGACUACUACAACUGGCCCAACAACUACAGCCGGUCCAACUACAACAGCCGGCCCUGUCGUUACAGCCACGCCGUAUGACUAUAUCGUUGUUGGUGCCGGAGCAGCCGGUAUCAUUGUUGCGGACCGUCUCUCGGAAGCUGGAAAGAAUGUUUUGUUGAUCGAACGUGGUGGCCCUAGUACUGCAGAGACAGGAGGCAAAGAAGUUCCGCCCUGGCCGAGCAAAACAAGCCUCACCAAAUUCGAUAUCCCCGGUCUGUUCGAGUCCAUGUUCUCAGGAUCGUUACCAUACUGGUGGUGUGAUGACGUCCAGCCAUUCGCAGGUUGUCUUAUCGGCGGUGGUGCAGCUAUUAACGGACUACUCUACUGGUACCCAACUGAUACUGAGUGGUCCACUUCAAAUGGUUGGCCAAGUGGAUGGCAGAUACCGAACGCUGCACUUGAAAAGGUCAAGGCUAGACUGCCUGCAACAGAUACCCCGUCGACGGAUGGAAAACGUUACCUCACUCAAGUGUAUGAUGUUGUCAAGUCUAUCUUGGACAAGCAGAACUAUUCCGCGACCACUAUCAACAAUAAUCCCAACGCGAAAGACCAUGUAUAUGGUCACCCAGGCUACUAUAUCAAGGGCGGAAAACGCACUGGUCCUAUGGAUACGUAUCUCAAGACGGCCAAGGCUCGAUCCAACUUCAAGCUUCUCACCAACACCAAGGUUCUCUCCGUCAUUCGCAAUGGCGCUCAGAUCACAGGUGUUCAAACCGAUAACAACUCCAUCAACGGGAACGGAGUCAUCCAGCUUACCUCGAAGGGCCGUGUUUCUAUCUGCGGGACCUUUUGGAACGGCAAAGAUUCUGUUCGGUCAACGGGAACGGAGUCAUCCACUUACCUCGAAGGCCGUGUUAUUCUAUCUGCGGGACCUUUUGGAACGGCAAAGAUUCUGUUCGGGUCGGGCAUUGGUCCAUCUGACCAGAUCUCGUACUUUGCUGCGAACUCCGCUCUGUCCAAGUACCUUCCACCUUCGUCACAGUACAUCAAUCUUCCGGUCGGCAUGAACGUCAAGGACAACCCAUCGGUCAACCUGGUCUUCACCCACCCUAGCGUCGACUCUUAUGACAACUGGGAGCCUAUUGGUCGAGCCCACGCACUGCUGAUGCAAAUCUAUACGUUCAGAGCCAGUCGGGUGUCUUGCUGGUUCCUCGCCCCGAAUCACUUUUGGCGCGCAUACGGUGGCUCUGAUGGCAAGACUCGCUAUGUCCAGGGUACUUCCCGUCCAGGAGCUUGCUGCUUCACCCCAAUAUACCCCUACAAUACAACGGCGCAGUUCACUAUCACAAUGUACCUUUCCACCGGCCUCACUUCGGUCGGCCGUAUCGGUGUUAAUGAUGCGUCUUUGAGAAUGCGUGCAAUUACCAAGCCUGGUUCACGGGAUCCCGUCGACAAGGCCGUCAUGGUAAAUGCCAUCAACGAUGUGCUUUCUACAUACAAGCAGGUCCCCAAUCUCGCGCUGAUCUCCCCCCGACAACGUUACUUCUAUCGAAACCCACGUCACCCAGAGAUUGGUACCAGCUCCUCGAGCUCGGUCGUCGACGCCAACACCAAGGUGUGGAACACAAACAACUUGUUCGUUGUCGACUCGGGUAUCAUACCUGGCAUGCCAAUGGGCAACCCUCAAGGAGCCAUCUUCGUGAUGGCCGAGAAUGCGGUGACGAAGAUUUUGGCCCUAUCUGGUGGAGCUUAG